AGACCAUGGCAUGCAGAGUUCCCGGAACCCAAGGCAGAAGCAGCCAUCAUGCCUCGAAAUCGUGUAAUGCAGAUGCUCUCGUUGAGAGGCGUCGCAGCCAUACUCAUCAUCGACCUCAGGAGGAUGGACUUUGAGGGCGGAUGUCUUCGCGGUAGUUUGAAUAUACCUGCUCAGGGCUUCUGGUGGAAUAGAGGAAUGCUAUACGAGUUGGCGUACAAAGCUGAUAUUGAAUGGGUCGUAUUCACUUGUGGCUCAUCAAACGGCAGAGCUCCUCGCUGUGCUGCGUGGUUCAAGGAGUUUAUUGAGCAAGCCGGAGACGAGCAGAUGCAAUCAAUGGUACUCGAAGGUGGUGUCAAGGGCUGGGUCAAGAGCGGGCCGCAGUUCACACGAUUGAUGGAUGGCUACAAAGAGUCGUACUGGCAAGAC